CGCUUGCCUGUUUCCCCCGCAGAGGCGGCCGCCCGGCGCGCUGCGGCGUUGGGGGCUGCGGCUGCGGGCCGGGGCGCGGGGACCAUGUCCCGGAAGCAGGCGGCCAAGGGCCGGCCGGGCAGCGGCCGCGGGAAGGCCGAGAGCGAGCGCAAGCGGGACGAGCGGGCGGCGCGCCGGGCCCUGGCCAAGGAGCGGCGGAACCGAGCCGAGCCCGGCGGCGGCGGCGGCGGCGGCGAGGAGGAGUUCGUCAGCUUCGCCAACCAGCUGCAGGCCCUGGGGCUGAAGCUGCGGGAGGUGCCGGGGGACGGCAAUUGCCUGUUCAGAGCUCUUGGUGAUCAGUUGGAGGGACACUCACGAAAUCAUCUCAAGCACCGACAAGAGACAGUGGACUACAUGAUAAAGCAGCGGGAAGAUUUUGAACCCUUUGUAGAAGAUGACAUUCCUUUUGAAAAGCAUGUGGCCAGUUUGGCAAAGCCGGGUACAUUUGCUGGCAAUGAUGCAAUUGUAGCCUUUGCAAGAAAUCAUCAGUUGAAUGUGGUGAUUCAUCAACUAAAUGCCCCUUUAUGGCAGAUCCGCGGUACAGAGAAAAGCUAUGGGCGGGAGUUACACAUUGCCUAUCGGUACGGAGAGCACUAUGACAGCGUCCGGAGGAUCAAUGACAACUCAGAAGCCCCGGCGCAUCUCCAGACCGACUUUCAGAUGCUUCAUCAGGAUGAAUCAAAUAAAAGAGAGAAGAUGAAGACAAAGAGCGUUGACUUUGAAGGUGAUCUGAGAGAUGAAGUAGGAGAUGCUGUUCAGAAAGUUUACAGUGCAACUGGAUGUUCAGAUUUUAAUUUGAUCGUCCAGAACUUGGAAGCUGAAAAUUAUAAUAUUGAAUCUGCAAUAAUUGCCAUGCAUCAGAUGAACCAGGGGAAAAGAAAUAGUGCAGAGGAGAAUGUGGAUCCCAGUGGCCGAGUGCUGAAGCAGUGCAAUCCCUUAUGGGAGGAGGGUGGCAGUGGCGCCAAACUCUUUGGAAAUCAGGCCUUAAGUGAAUGCCGGACUGAAAACAAUAAGGUGCGGACCAGCCCCAGUGAGGAAAACAAGGCAAACAAGAAUCAGCUCCAAAAGAUCACAAACAGACAGAAGAGAGAGCAGCAGCGACUGGAGAAGAAGAAACGCCAGGAGGAGCGGCAUCGCCACAAAGCUCUGGAGAGCAGGAGUAGCCCCCGGGACAACAACAGGAGUGAAGCCGACGUGAACACGCAGGUCACCUUGGUGAAGACCUUUGCUGCUCUCAACAUCUGACUCUGGCCCCCUGGGAGUUGAGAGAAAUGAAUGAACAAUGGGGAGCUGCGUACAGAGGCCACUGUUUCCAGUGAGGCCACCCUUUGCAGAUGAAACACAACCCUCAGAACCUACACACACAUACACACACACAC